CUCACUGUAGAGUCUGAUUCUGAUAUAUUGAUGUAUUACAAAUUGAAUGUGAGGUGAACUGGUCUCUCUCUCAUUCCAGCGUUCGGUGGGGAGAAGUGGAAGACCAAUGUCCUGUUGACAGCAUUUCUCUGUCCGGGGGUGGUGUUUGCUGAUUUUUUCGUAAUGAAUCUGAUUUUGUGGGGCGAGGGUUCAUCAGCUGCCAUGCCCUUUGGCACUCUGGUGGCCAUCCUGGCUCUGUGGUUCUGUAUCUCAGUGCCCCUCACCUUUAUCGGAGCAUACUUCGGUUUUAAGAAGAGUGGCAUUGAACAUCCUGUGCGGACCAAUCAAAUCCCCAGACAGAUUCCAGAGCAGUCCUUCUACACCAAACCUCUUCCUGGCAUCGUCAUGGGUGGAAUCCUGCCAUUCGGCUGCAUCUUCAUCCAGCUGUUCUUCAUCCUCAACAGCAUUUGGUCUCAUCAGAUGUACUAUAUGUUUGGCUUCCUCUUCCUGGUCUUCAUCAUCCUGCUCAUCACCUGCUCUGAGGCCACCAUCCUCCUCUGCUAUUUCCACCUGUGUGCUGAGGACUAUCACUGAGAGUGGCGCUCCUUCCUCACCAGCGGAUUCACAGCUGUUUAUUUCCUGGUCUAUGCCAUCCAUUACUUCUUCUCUAAACUGCAGAUUAGUGGACUUGCCAGCACCAUUCUUUACUUCGGCUACACCAUGAUCAUGGCACUCAUCUUCUUCCUCUUCACAGGUACAAUUGGAUUCUUUGCCUGCUUCUGGUUUGUCACCAAGAUCUACAGUGUGGUCAAAUGC